AUGAGCACCCUCAUACAAGAGGGCUCCUUGGAGAUUGUCACUGAGGCCAGUAAGGAGGUGGAGGAAGACUUAGAACAGGAGGGCAAUCGCGGGCCUUCGGGCUCCAGCUCCGGCGCGCCAGCCUAUCGCUGCCCCGAUCCGCAGUGCGCGCUGGCCUUCUCUAAGAAGCACCAGCUCAAGGUGCACCUGCUAACGCACGGCGGCCCGCAGGCCCGGCGGCCCUUUAAGUGUCCGCUUGAGGGCUGCGGCUGGGCCUUCACCACCUCCUACAAGCUCAAGCGGCACCUGCAGUCGCACGACAAGCUGCGGCCCUUCAGCUGCCCGGUGGGCGGUUGCGGCAAGAAGUUCACCACCGUCUACAACCUGAAAGCGCACAUGAAGGGCCACGAGCAGGAGAGCUUGUUUAAGUGCGAGGUGUGCGCCGAGCGCUUCCCCACGCACGCCAAACUCAUUUCCCACCAGCGAAGCCACUUCGAGCCUGAGCGCCCCUACAAGUGUGACUUUCCCGGCUGUGAGAAAACAUUCAUCACAGUGAGUGCCCUGUUUUCCCAUAAUCGAGCCCACUUCAGGGAACAAGAGCUCUUUUCUUGCUCCUUUCCUGGAUGCAGCAAACAGUAUGAUAAAGCCUGUCGAUUGAAAAUUCACCUAAGAAGUCAUACAGGUGAAAGACCAUUUAUUUGUGACUCGGACAGUUGUGGGUGGACCUUCACCAGCAUGUCCAAACUUCUAAGGCAUAAAAGGAAACAUGAUGAUGACCGGAGGUUCACCUGCUCUGUGGAAGGCUGUGGCAAAUCGUUCACUAGAGCAGAGCAUCUGAAAGGCCAUAGCAUAACCCACCUAGGAACAAAGCCAUUUGAGUGUCCUGUGGAAGGGUGCUGUGCUAGGUUCUCUGCUCGCAGUAGUCUGUACAUUCACUCUAAGAAGCACCUUCAGGAUGUGGGUGCUCCAAAAAGCCGCUGCCCAGUGUCCAGCUGCAACAGAAUCUUCACCUCCAAGCACAGCAUGAAGGCUCAUGUGGUGCGGCAGCAUAGCCAGCGCCAAGAUCUUGUACCUCAGCUAGAAGCUCCAAGUUCUCUCACACCAAGCAGCGAACUGAGCAACCCAGGACAAAGUGAGCUCACUAAUAUAGAUAUCUCAGCACUCUUCUCGGAUGCACCUGCCAACAGUAAUAGUUCAGCAAGUGGGCCAGAUGAGGCACUGAACUCUGGAAUCCUAACCAUUGAUGUCGCUUCUGUGAGCUCCUCUCUGGGAAAGAACCUCCCUGCUAAUGAUAACUCUUUAGGGCCCAUGGACCCCCUGGUCUUGGUGGCUCACAGUGAUAUUCAUCCAGGUGCAGAUACCCCUCUUGUUCUUGGGACUUCAGCCACAGUUCUUCAGCCAGGCGGCUUCGGCCUAGAAGAUGUUCAGGCUGUGAGUCCAGGAACAGUAGGCUGUCUGGUGGCAUUGCCCAUGAAGAACUUGAGCCAAGACCCACCUUCUUUGACUUCCAGGGGUAACUUAGCAGCACAUUUCACCACAUCAGCCUCUUCAGGCAUUUCCCAAGAAACUGCCAGUGCCCCAGAGCUUGUAACUGCAAUCAAGGUGGAACAAGACUCACUUCUUCUCCCUGAUAUGGUUGAGCAGCAGGAAGGAAGCCUAGGGCCAAGCCAGUCUGUGUUCUCCAGCCCCACAGAAAGGCAUGGUGCCCAGAAGGACACAGAGCUCAGUGCAGGCACUGGCAACCUCUUUUUGCUGUGUGAAGUCGGGCUCCCUCGCUUCUCUGAGUACAAAUGGUGUGUGGUGAAUGGGUUACAGGAAAGUGGGGGCUCAGCAAGAACUGAUUACCGAGCCAUUCAACUAGCCAAGGAAAAAAAGCAGAAAGGAACUGGGAACGAUGCAGGAGCUUCGGAGUCUGCUCAAGGAAAAAUUAAAGGUGCCAAGAUCAGCCCUCACUUCCAUGCAAGCCAGAACAUUUGCAUGUGUGGGAACCUCGCAGUGCCCAGCGGAGGUCGGCCAGCACUGGCUCCAGUGACUGGGGUGCAGUGCAUCCAGCUCCCAGUGCUGCAGCCUGUCUCACUGCAUCCGUGCAAGUUCUUACCUAUGUUAGGACUGACGCAUCAGGAUGAUCCCUCAGGUGAAGGAGUCCUGCCGCUGGCCCUCAGCCCACAGCCCCCCACCUUCCACCCCUACUUCACCAUGGAUUUGCCUGUCUACGUCCUCCAGGAGGUGCUUCCAGCGCCUGGAGCUGUUGCUGGGCCUGAGGCUGCACUGGUGCCCGGAAGCACCAUCAACCUUCGGGACCUGCAGUGACAGCAAGCCCUGCCUGAGUGAGGUCAGGGCGACCCUCCAGGCUGUGCUCAGUGGAUGAAGUAGAUGAUGUGCUGCAGGGCCUGGGGACCCCCACUUGGUUUCUGCCUAGAAGUCCAGCAUAUUUCUUUAGAGACUAGAGUACAUGUUUAUCAAACAUGUUUCCUGCUGUUUUAUCAGGAACCAGUUGGGUGGGGCUGUACGUUUUAAAAAUGCCUUUACAAGCACAGUGCUUUGGUGAGAUGCACACUACUUUGUCCAUUCUCAGUUGUGCGUUACAGCCCUUUCCCAAGAUCCUGGUGGAUCUGAGCUGUGUAUAACACGUGUUGCAUUCAAAGAGAAAAAGAAAAGAUCUGUGCAAGAAGUGGGGUUAAGCGCAGGUUCCCUGCUAAAAUACAACUUUGUCUGUAGUAAGUCCAGAUGCAACCUUUCAGCUUCAGUGUUUUAAUAUUUUGCCCAAGAGCAAUUUAGAAGUCCCACUUUCCUUUUCUGAGAGUUCACAUAAUGGGCCAUGUCUCAACAUGUUCAGUGGUUUUCGUGAAUGGGUUGUUUUUGCCACACUGUAGGCCAAAAUUGUCCCAUUGCCACAGUGAAGCCAAAUUCUGGUCCAUGUUCUGGCAAAGCAGACAGGCAGCUAAUUUAGGAAGAAAAUGGUUGUUGUGUCUUGAGGCCUGACAGUGGCCUAUUAGUGAGCCUUUUUCUAGAGCAAAUUGAUAGCUCACAGUUUGGGAAUGGGAUUGUUAAAACUUUUUAAAUUUUCUAAAUUCCAUAUUUGGUCCUUCAUGAAUAGUAAUUUGACCACAGUUUAUAAAGCAAUGUUCUAAAUACUGUAAAUUAUAUGGAAGACUGUAAUAGUAUUCAUAUGUUUCCUAUUGGGGUUGUAGAUGUGCAUAUAAUAGGUCUGCUUAUAUUUUUACACAGUGAGGUCUGUGGCAAAAGCAGCUAAGUUGAUUCCCUUGGACAUACUUGUUAGUUAAAGUGAAUAUGGGGUGACUGAGAAGUUUGUAUUUCCUUGUGCCUUUUGAAGUGUGUGCUUAUUCAGAUGCUGUUUGAUUCUCAGACAUAGAGUCAUCCAGACUUCCUUUUCUGGGUUUAUUUCUCAGACUUUGAGACUUUAGCUUUCAGAAGGAUGCCUAGUUCAAGUGUAAGUCCUCUCUGUGUCCUGCUUUGAGGUGCUGUCUGCUAGGUGCUGUUCCCUACAAAGGAAUUACAGACCCAUUUCACAGAUCUUCAUGCUGCAUCUGAGACCCAAGUUGAGGGGUUGAAUUUUCCCACAAUGUUAUCCAGUGCUCUAUUCUCUGUAAUGGAAAACAAGGCAUCCUUUUCUCCUCCAGGAGGAGGACCUGCACCUAGGAGCCCAUCCUGUAGGUAAGGCUUUGCCUUUCUCCCAUAGUUCCUAGUAAGUGUCUACCAUCAGGUGACUGGGACAGGCUUAGUGUUCUGGGACUGAGGCUUCCUCCCUGCUGGCCAUGGGCCCAACUCCUAGUGAAAAAAAAUAAAAGUUUUUGUAUUAUCACACAUCAAAUGUAUUCAUCCUGGCUUCAUUUGAGGAACUACGUAUACGUUGUUGAAACCAUUUCAUCUAGCCUGCUUGCCUCUGGCUUUUGUCUUGUGCGAAUGACGGCACAUAUCCCAGCAUGGAUUGGCUUCUAUUUCCCAGCUGUUUCAGAUCAGAACCAACAUCACAGUCCUUUUCUCAGGCAUUUGCUCAGGGUCAAAUGAUUAGAG